GCGCGUGAGCCCAAGAUGGCGGCGACGGCGGCAGCUGGGACUCGUUUUCUCCGCGCAGGUUGCUGCUGGUCCCGGCUGCCCUUGACUGGUAGACGGGCUGACGCACGGAGAAGAGUUACUGGAAACAGGUUUUAUUCUGGAAGUGCAUCUCUCCCAGAAGCAGCAGGAACUGAUCUUCCAGGUUGUGAAGAAGUGGUCAUUCCAAAGAGAAAAACUUGGGAUAAUGUAGCAGUUCUUCAAGCUCUGGCAUCCACCAUCCAGAGGGAUCCCACAGCUGCCCAUUACGCAUUCCAGGAUGAUCCUUACCUCACCCCAGUCACCUCUUCAGAAGCUAGAAUGUUUUUGUUGGCAAAGGCUUCUGGACAGAAUGCAGCAAAAUAUAUUAUUAAUACAGAUCCCAGUUUCUUUGAGAAGUAUAGGGCUGAACCACAUGUACCGUGCCUGAUGCCUGAAUACUUGGAGCCUCAGCUUGAGGAAGUAAGUGAGGCCGCCCUCCAGGAGCGCAUCCGGCUUCGCAAAGUCAAGGCCUCUGUGGACAUGUUUGACCAGCUCCUUCAAGCAGGGACUUCUGUAUCUUUGGAAACAACAAACAACCUCUUAGAUCUAUUGUGUUACUAUGGUGACCAAGAGCCCCCAAGAGAAGAGCAACCUCAUCAAAUUGAUGAAUCAGAAGAAUUGGAGGAAGCAGAAGAUAAUCUGACAAAGAAGUCGUCCAAGCAGAAAAAGGCUGCCGAGUCCCAGGCCCGGAUUACCUGGAAAGCAAACAACAAUGCAGAGAGAAUUUUCCAAUUGAUGCCCGAGAAAAACGCACAUUCCUAUUGCACGCUGAUCCGGGGAAUGGUCAAGCAUCACGCGGACCAGAAGGCCUUCACCGUGUACACGGACUUGCUGAACCACCGGUUCCGGGCUGAUGUUCAUACCUUCAAUGCACUGAUUGAAGCAUCACCUUCAGUGAGAGACAGAAAUGAAGAGAAAUGGACACUUGUAUUGGAUUUGUUGAGACAAAUGACUGAACAAAAGGUGAAACCAAAUCUUCAAACGUUUAAUGCCGUUUUACGGGUCCUUAGGAAAUUACCUUUCUUUGGAAAAGUUCUUGCUUUACAGACCCUGUGUGAAAUGAAGGCCCUCAAUAUAGAACCUUCACUUUCAACGUAUCACUAUAUACUUGAGAUAUUUUACAAAUCCGCCCCGGGAGUCAAAGUCUCCUCCACUCACAUCUCUGAAAUCCUCAUUGAGCUCCAGGGCAAGAAGCUGCAUGUUCAGGACCUAGAUGAUGACCAGUUUUUUCCAACUGCUAUGAAGGUGUGCUUCAUGCUCAAAGACCUGGACCUUGCCUACCAAGUGCAUAGCCUCCUGAGGACAGGUGACAACUGGAAGCUGCUCGGGGAUCCCCUUCAGAGUCUCUUCUAUUAUCAGAAGUUCUUCAGUUUGGUGUGCCUGAUGGAGCAGGUGGACGUCACUCUGAAGUGGUACAAGGAGCUGAUCCCUUCUGUCUGCUUUCCUCACUCGUACCUCCUGAUUAAUCUUCUCCAAGCCCUGGAUGUGGGGAACCGAUUGGAGAUGAUCCCCGAGAUCUGGAGAGAUUGCAAAGAAUUCACUGUCAACCAAUACAGCAAUCUGAAGGAGGAGUUCCUGCAGCUGAUGGCCAGAGAGAAGCAGCCCCCCGAGCUCCAGGCAGCGUUCGCCGACUGCGCCGCAGACAUCAGGUCUACAUAUGAGACUGCAGACGGCAAGCCCGGGCCAGAGUGGUCCACCGGCCCCAUGAAUUAUGUCACUGCCCUCCUCCUCCGAGGGGGCCGGACCCAGGAGGCCUGGGAGAUGUUGGAGAAUUUCAAGAAGCAAAACAGAAUCCCCAGUGCCGAGCUGAUCAACGAAUUCAUGAACCACGCGCAGGAACGCCAUGAUUCCGCCCAGGCCGUGCAGCUGGUGAAGCUGGCCCACGCCCUGAGCCUGGCCAUCUGUGAGCCCCUCACGCAGAGAGUGCUGGCCGAAUUUGAAGUCUCCGAGGAACAGAGAAAAGCCUUGGAAAACUUAACUGGGACAAGCAGUGACAGUGACAGUGACAGCAGCAGCAGCAGCAGCGACAGUGAGUGAGGGUUGGUGUUCCCUGAACCCCGAAGUUCUGCUGGGUCUGGAGCUGAAUCCAACUGAUGGGGCUGGGGCAGAGCCCGCGGGAAUAAAGGCACCGGGAGCAGCGAGUGAGAUGUCACUGCCGAAGGGCAGGAGUUGGAAGGCCUGGGCCCGCGGCUCCUUCCUGCUCUGCAGCGCGCGCACCCUGUGGCCGCCCUUCAUGAUCAUUGAGGCCGCUUAACUGGUCACAAGCCCGCAUCGGGGCACAGAACUGACGCCCCGGCUGUUGUUGGCUUGUGUGCUUGGAAAGUGUUGGCUGAAAUCGGAGAGAAUAAACCCUGCGUGGUUCUGGC